UCAUGGCGCGGAGUCCCGGCAGUCCGCGAUUCCCUUCUCGCAGCCGCGGCGCGCCGCUGCCCGCCUCCCUGCAGACCCGAGUCGGGGCGUCCCUGGGGUCGCCACGGCCCCCUCGGAAGCACCUCAGCCUCAGAACUCCUGGAGCUUCCGCCGAGCGAAUGAAAUCUGUGCUCCCUCCCCACGCGCGAAGCCGUUUUCCCCCCAGGCCAGCUCCGGGGAGGGGCUGUCAGACCCUGGACCAGCGUUAGAAAGUCCCUAGUGUGAGGCGUUCGGCCUCCCCCGCCUUGCUGUCUUGUGCUGCCCCUUCCGCAGGGCCUCAUGUUCAGGUGCAGUGCCAGCUGCUGUGAGGACAGCCAGGCCUCCAUGCAGCAGGUUCAUCAGUGCAUUGAACGCUGCCAUGCGCCUCUGGCUCAAGCCCAGGCCUUGGUGACCAGUGAGUUGGAGAAGUUCCAGGACCGCCUGGCCCGAUGCACCAUGCAUUGCAAUGACAAAGCCAAAGAUUCAAUAGAUGCGGGAAGUAAAGAGCUUCAGGUGAAACGGCAGCUGGAGAGUUGUGUGACCAAGUGUGUGGAUGACCACAUGCACCUCAUCCCGACCAUGACCAAGAAGAUGAAGGAGUCUCUCUUGUCCAUUGGGAAAUAGAAGUCUUCGCAAUUGGCCAUCAAGGCUGACAGCAGGAAUCUACUUAAAAAGAAAUGGGAGUUUUGGUCUUUUAAGUGAAGUUUAUGAAGAAAUUAAGGAUGGCAGCAAGUGUGAGGCAUGUGUCACUUGCCUCUGGAUACUGGUUCCUUUAUGUUUCAACCCUAGAAAGUGAAAUGGAAAAAACUGGUGCUAAAAUUUGGGUUAGAGACGGUCACAGGAAAGUUUUUGAUAGCCUAAAUUUCACGUGCUUGUCCUGGCUCUAGGGAUUCCUUUGUACCAAGCCAGAGCCCUCCAAGAUACCAGAUUCUUCUCCAUACACAGCUACCAGCAGGCUGGCAGUUUCCUCUAACCUCCCUAUGAUCUGGUGGUGUAAGCAGAGGUGUUUCUGUUUGUUGCCAACCUCCUGUUUACCAGAAGGAUCAUCAAAUCGUUUCCUAUAAGCUGUAAAACAAAAUCCAUGAGGUUACUAAUUUAGAAGGGAAAAAAGGUUUCUAGGUCUUUGUUUUGCUUGGUUUUGUUUUAUAUACAAGGGCAUGAAGUUGAUUUAAGAUGUGGAGUUGGGAGAGGUAGUCAGAUAAGAACUUUGAACAGUUCUUGUGGAUAUCUGUUCCUGGCCAUCAAGAUGUGGAUAUACAUUUCUUGAAAUAUAUAUUACAUCUUUAAGCUAGGAGACCGUGUAAAAAUAUGACAAGCGAUGUUACACUGGGUAUGGGAAGCAGACUUUCCCUCUCACUGGCUGCCAUGAUGGGCCCUGAGGCUAUCUGCAGAAGAGCAACAAGACAAUCUCAGAAGUGACACUCUCCCUUGAAGGGAAAGGGGUUUUUUAUUGCACUAUAUACCAGUAUCCAGGAAUGAACAUUGAAGGAGGAACUGUUGUCUUCUUAAUUACGAGAAUUAUUAAAUACUGGAUGUGGAAAAACCUGGUUUUUAUAGAACAGAAUGGAAUGAAGGCCUAAACUCAGUAUUGCUUAUUUUGCCCCCUGAAAUAACAGAGCCCUACUGAGACAAUCCCUUGGCAACAGGAAGGUCAAAGGAGAAAAAGUAGGCAAUCAGGGGUGAGCUGUGAUUCCUUUAAAGGAAAAGAGGGGCGGGGCGCCUGGGUGGCUCAGUUGGUUAAGCGACUGCCUUCGGCUCAGGUCAUGAUCCUGGAGUCCCGGGAUCGAGUCCCGCAUCGGGCUCCCUGCACGGCAGGGAGUCUGCUUCUCCCUCUGACCCUCCUCCCUCUCAUGCUCUCUGUCUCUCAUUGUCUCUCUCGCAAAUAAAGUCUUAAAAAAAAAAAAAAAAAAAGGAAAAGAGGGGCAACCCCCCA